AUGGGCUUGCGAUUCUUUCUUGACCUAGGAUGCCCAACCUGUGUAAAUGAAAAGCUUCUCUUCACUCUUCUUCACAUCGCAAACUUAACUUCUCUACUUUCUAGCUUGAGAGAGAUCUUGAAGAAUUCAUACUGCUUGUCGAAGAGAGGAGUCGUCGUGUAUCCUAAGGUGGACCAGCUGCUCCCUAUCGUCGCAGGUUUAGGCUGGAGCGUGCUUGGUCUCAUGCGCUGCGAGCCGCAUAAGUUGAGCGGGUAUCAAGAGGAAGUCGUGGCUAAGAAUGUGUCUCCAUUGAGGAAGAAGCCAAAGCUCCCUUAUGCUGAGAAGACUCAAGUGAGGUUUGUUCCAACGUCAUCUACUGGGGUCAAACAUCUCGUUGGUGCUGAUAGCAAGAAGGUUGGUGGUACGCGCAUUGCUCGGGAUGUUCUACUCAAGCCUCCUGCUGACAAGUUUGAAAACCAUGAUCUACUCCGUAGAAUAGCCCGUGCUUGA